CCAAUGUGUGGAGUGGCUGGGUGUGGAGUUCUACCUCUUGUGACGUCAGGAGCGUGCCGUUUCGAGUGGGACGCAGGCGCAGAGGUAGAGGGGAAGCAGACGGAGGGAGAAGCCGCGGUUGGCGAGAGGAAGAGGAAGCGGCGUUGGACGGAGCCGGUAAUAGUAGCUGAUCGGACUCCCCGGAACACAGCCUUCAAGCUCAGGGAGGAGGGGAAAGAGAGAUUUAAAAAGCCGACAAAUAUUCACCGGCCACUUCCUACCAGCAUACAUAGACACACCAGCGCUGUGCCUGCCCGAGGGAGGGGAUGCCGCUUCUCCAUCGCAAACCGUUCGUCAGACAAAAACCCCCGGCCGACCUGAAGCCGGACGAAGAAGUUUUCUACUGUCGGAUGACCAUCGAGAUCUUCAGGAAUUACGAUGACUUUUUUGAAAGAACCAUACUUUGCAACAGUUUAGUGUGGAGCUGUGCUAUUACUGGCAAACCAGGUCUGACUUACCAGGAAGCACUUGAGUCAGAAAACAAGGCGAGACAGAACCUGCAAAAUUUUCCUGAGCCAUUGGUGGUGCCCAUCCUUCACUUGACAACUCUUGCCUGUUGCUCACGUCUCCAUGAACUGUGUGAUGAUCUCUACGCUUAUACUAAAGAUCGAUACUUUGCUGGAGAGAUUGUGGAAGUAACCAGUAAUAGUGGUCUCAAGUAA